CACCGGUACUACUUUCUUACGCGCAAUUUAUGUGACCGUUCUAGUACGGGUGGGGUACUACUUCCUGGCGUGUAAUGUUAAUAAGGCUGUGGUACUAUUUUCUGGACAAUAUAAAAGCGAGACGAAUUAGUGAUAGAGAAGUUUUUCAUUCGUGAUUUUAACCUUGGAAACUGAUCAGAUCUGAAUUAUUAUUAUAUUUUUUUUGGAGUGUUGGACAUUCCGAAUUCUUUAAAAUGAUUGUUCAGGAGAAUUUGGUGAUAGCGUCGUUGGUGCUGAGUAUUUUAGCAGUGGUGUGUUGUUCUUGUUUAGCCAUGUUCAUAGGAUGGUAUUUUCUAGUGAAGAAAAAGAGGGAAGAGCAAGAAUGGUCCGUGUUAACUUCAGAACAAGGAAACAGUGUGAAAAUUGCCCCACCAUCAAUAAUAUCGUAUGUACCAACAACCACAGGAGAAAAGCCAGAAGCAGCUGAUAUAUGUAUGGGUGUUGGAACACUUCGACAGGUGUCACUAACCCUACUCCAAGACGUCAUCAAUAAUCUUUAUAACAUCAGAAUCAAACUAGACUGUAAGACAGAAAAAUUUCAGUCCAGCGAUGAACUCGCCAUGACCACGGCCACCGACAACGACUCCGUCCAACGACAGUUACGGAAGCGGCUGCAGAUCGUCUUUAAGGACGAUUCAUCAAAGAUGGACAUUUUUCUUGCCCUGAGUGAGAAUAUCCUGAAUGGUUUGACUGUCCGUCAGCUACUAGAUGCCACAUUCCGCAUCUGUCGUGUUGGACGAGGAAUUAUCCGGGAAUGGAAGAUGGAGAAUGAGAUAUUCGUUGGAACGAUGCCCGAGGAAGCUACUGGAUACAUCAACUUCACAGUCGAGGAUAACGUUAAUAAAAUAAAACUAACUUGGGAUGAUCAAAAAUUCACAACUGAUUUCCUCAACACCAUAAGUAUGAUGCUUCAGGCGCUCCGGGAUGAACGACGACAACCAACUCCUGUUGAGUAUCUGGCGAUACAUCUGGCGUAUCAUAAUAUGGCUAUCGGCAAACAGGUUACACUUAAAGGACACCGACCUCUUGGAUCUCCCGGGUUCCGCCCCCAUACGCAAACUUAUAUGUCUUUAACUGAUCCCGGAGAUGGACAUGUUCUGGGAACCACUCGGUUUAAUGAGUGGAUGUUGGGAGCUAUCGUUCAUGUUGAACAUCUCGAACGACCUGGUAAUCUUUCUCGGGAACAUAUCGAAUCUUACCGGGUUCCAUCGCUUUAUGAUUUCUCUCGAGUCAGACUCCAUGUAGGAUCGGCUGCACCAAAUACUUAUUUUGUCGGAAGAAGAAUGAAAGAUUCCGGAAGCUUUGACGAAGAUUUCUUAAAGGUCGUCCAUAUGACAUCAGCUACGGCUUCAGCAGCAUUCGCCAGAGGUGGUGCAGAAUGCAAGGUUGCUAUGGAAGGGUUGACCACAUCGGAAGCAGUUCGUUACAUGCGAGCUCUACGUUGCCAUGUCCACAGAAACAGAUUCUCGCAAUUCAUGUCCGCAGCAUGGAAUCUGAACCAAACCAUUACAGAUGAUUUCGAAAAGGAAACCCCAGUUGUACUAACAAAAAGAAUGGAUAUUGCCCGUAGAGCCAUAGAGAUCACGUGCAUUGGUGGAUUUGAUAAAGUUACGUGGGACGGAGCAAGCGACACCUAUCCAUCUAAAUGUAUCAUGUACCAGCUAACGUUUGAAGAAGCUUUGACCAUCGUCCACGAGGCCCAUUUAAGAGGGUUGGUGACUUAUAUGUCUGCUGGAUUUAAAUUUGACGAGAUCAAACACGCAGUCUUUGCUGGCGUUGAUGGUAUUGGAAUAGGUGGGGCUCAAGUCCUGAGGUACAUGGAUCAUGGCACUGGCAUGCAUGGUCCAUACAUGGAAGAAAACAUUCCACGAAUUUUAAGCGAAAGAGACACGGCCGCUAAAACCAUUCGAGGACGAGGGGUGGCUUUACUGGCUAAAAUGGACACCAUGUUUUUUGAAGGCUCCUUGACGAACGAGGAGGAUCGGGUACGUCAUGAUCUUUUUGCAGCUCUUCUGAAGAUUGAUGAAACCAAAAUCUCGGAAAUUCUCAAGAAGUCAAAUCGCAUUUUAGAACUCCCCGUGGAAAACUCCUUAGCCAUUGUUGGCUCUGCUAAACGUCUAUUGUCCACAAGUUCGCCAUUAUUGCGCGAAGUCGUGAGUGAAGAAGAGAAAUCGCAGUGGAGCAACUUUGUCAGUCGACUUCGAAAUCUCCUCGAUCGGGGAACAGAGGACGGAAUCACAGAGGAAUACGAUGGGGAACCUUGGCUGACAUUCAGACGAAAAUACCGACAAAAUUUGGAAUCGAAAAACAUUUUAACUCGUCAAGGAUCGUUCCAACAUUGUUAUAGAACAUUUUAAUUACUGCUUUUGUGGAUGUUGUAAAUAUUUAAUGAGCUACUGCUGUGUUAUUUGUGCAUGUACCUAAGAGGAGUUUUGGGGUGUGAACGACCCAAACGUUGUGUUACAAGUGUGAUGGUUACCGAGAUAUGCUCCUUUACAUCUCGGAAAAUAGAAUUAAAAGUCGUAAUCCUUUAUAGACAUUCAAUAUAACUGGAAGACAUAGGUUACUUAUGAAAGACAUACUUAUGGAAAAACAAUUACUAAUUUAUUUGGGCGACGUUUCUAAGAAUAUUCUCUUUUGGGAUGUGAAAGACCCAAACGCUGUGUUACAAGUGUAAUGUUUACCUAAAUAUUUCACAUUCCAUCUCUCAAAAACACCUAGCCCAAAACCACGGCACAUUGGACCAAUUUCCCCAUAUUAAGGGGCUACCGCAGCUCAUCAACUUAAAAAAAAUCCAUGCAAUCUGGCAGCAGGACUGACAGGUGUGUCUAUUUUCAGGUAUUAAUCAAUUACUAAUCGUGAAGUAAAACAUGAUUGAUCUUAAAUAUGAAUGAAUAUAGGCCUUGUUUAGGUUAUUCAUAUCCUGUGACGUUGUCCCUCCCAAAAUGGGCCCCGCAUUUUCUACAAUCAGCCCUGCUCAAAAAGUACCAAAAGCCUUUAAUGUUAAUUUACAUGAAUCGGUAUUGACCCACUGCUCAUCUUUUACAAUGUAGGUCGAGCAACUUUCGUCAGUACUGGGACAUUCGCCGUGGUCGGAUUAACUGACUAACAUGAUGUCUUUUUGCCUUUACUGCGUCACAAAUAUGUCGGGUCUGCUUACAUAUUUCUGUCGUUUUGGUUUAAUUUGAACAGUGGUUACUUUGCGUUGUGUUGCGUGUUUCCCAUUACCCAGUCAGGUGGAAUUUAAUGUAUUUGAUUAAUGAAUUGUUUCUAAACUAGUAGAGGCUGGAUGAACUCAUUCAUCGAUGAAUCCUUUUAUAUAUCUAUUUAAUAUAGACUAGCUCGAUUCUGAUAUUGUUAAUGAAAAAGUUUUCAUUUAAAAAUGAUCCGCUAAUUUUGUACAGUAAUUAUUACACAGUAAUUAUUUUUCUGAGACCUUAUAACAGAAUACAAACUGUGUUCGACUGUUUCAACAAUUUAUCGAUGUUUUUAAAAUCUGUUGUUAAUAUUUUAUGUUAUUUCUUUUUUAAUUUAUGGCAUGUUUUUAUAUUUUUUAUAGUCCAACAUUUACUGUAUAUGUUUAAUAAAAUUGUUAUAUAAGUU